GUAGGCGGGAGGCUGCAUCCUGUUGAUGCGGUCUGCCUCAGCUGCAGCGUGCGGCUCAGACUCAGGUCUGAAACCCCGGCUGGCAGCCUGCUGAUUUCAGACAAUUUUCAAAGAAACCGGGUCCGCACCCGCGAGGAAACAUGGAUGUGCUUUUAAGUAGUGCAGAAGUGUGUGUGUUAUGAAGAGCAAGAUGAGAACCGUGGUGGGAAAUCAAAGUUUCCUCUGGAGGUUUUUUAUUGGGGAGAUUUGAGGUAACAUCCUCUAAUUUUUGUAAGAAGCCCCAGUGAAACUUCCUGAAAACAUCUGCUGGUUUUGAGGGUACCUGGUCCUGAGUCUGCCCCGCGCCUCCCUUUCCAACUGCCCUUGGGUUUAUUGCCUGGAAAUAGAAGCACCCGAAGCUCCAGGCCUACAGAGUCAAGACCAAGCCAGCGUGGUGUUGAGAGCGUCAGCAGCUGGGCACGCCCCAGGCUGCACAUCCCUCUAAUGGGGCUCCUUACUUUUGCAUCCAGCUGAGCACCACGCCUGAGAUGCCAUACUCACUGCUUCCUAAAUGGAGGAUGUCUCGCCAACUCAACUAAGCAACAAGCUGUGGCAAUCUCCCAAGAACUCAGACAUGACCAGGAAGAUGUUCACCAACUCCAGGGAGCGGUGGAGGCAACACAAUGUCAACAGCGCCUUUGCCAAGCUCAGGAAGCUCAUCCCCACUCACCCUCCCGACAAGAAGCUGAGCAAAAACGAAACGCUUCGCCUGGCAAUGAGGUACAUCAACUUCCUGGUCAAGGUCUUAGGGGAGCAAAGCCUGCAGCCGACAGGAGUGGCUGGACCGGCAAACAUUCUGGGACUCUUCCCCCAAGGACCCCACCGGCCGGACAGGACUCUACUCAGCGACUACCAGGUUCCUUCACCUGGCCCAAGCCACCACAUUCCUUAGUGUGGCUCGGACUCUCAUCACCCGGGGAAACUCUUGCUCAGAAGUCACUGGCUGUCAACAGCCCUGUGCGUGUUGCAGAGUCAACUUGAUGAAUAGUAUGUGAGGCAUGAAUUUAAGCUUCCUAGGAGGCGGCUCAGGGACAGCAGCAAGGAGCUGCAAGGAGGCCAUUAGAAUGUGGCUUUGGAGUCCAUCGCCCCUGGGGCUUUGGGGAAAGCGGCCUGUUUCUGUCUAAGUUAAAUAUCCAAGAUCUACAUAAGAUGAUGUUUGAAGGAAAACCAAUCAUAAGUUAAAAACGGCUUUGAAAGUCACUGUUUCACUCAAUAUAAUUUCAGUUAUAAGGAAGUUUUCUUGCAAUGCAUUUCAGAUGCAUUACUGUAAAAUGUACUGAAAAGGUAGCAUGUUUGAUUAAGGGCAAACAAAAUAAGUUACUCCAGGCUGGCGAAUGUAAAGAUCGCUCUGGCAGAAAAAUACCCUGGAGGCUUGUGGGAAAAUCUGUGGAGAAAAGACCCGCCUGACGGGUGAGGAUUACAGGGACACAACAGAUACCUGUGGAAGGGCUCUGCAUCCUUUAUCUCCAUAGAAACGUGAGGCGUUACCUGCAUUGAGCCAUUUCUAUAUGUGUUAUCUCUAAAGCCAAAUGGGGGAUUAUAUCUGUGAGAGGCAAGGACUUGAUUAAUUAUGAAUUAGAGUUCCUGGUUUUCUCAUGAAAAACAGUUAGCUUAACUAGGUUAUCUAAGCCCUCAGUUUCACAUGUCAUGUUUUAAUACUUCUAAUUCAGCCUGAGUUCCUGCUGAUUUAAGACCCAUAAAAUUCUAAUAUAAUUAUGAAAAUCCAAACAUUACAUUUAACGACUCAUUUAACAGAGAAUUUAGUUUAAACAAAAGAUUUACAGUAGACAAUAGGACUGUAAUACCAAGCCCUAAUGAAUUAAUGAAUUUGUAAUUUGCCUUCCUGCUAUGGAGCAUCAGCUCAGUCUUAUGAAGGGAGGUGUGGUACCCACAGGUCGAUGGAACAGUGUGGAUCUGGUGUAACCCACCACCCUGUGCCACCCUGGGAGGGCUUGGAUUUGGAAAUGAACGCCAUAGCUGAGUCCGGAAUACAAAUAAUGUCAUUUGAUUGUCUCCGGAACAUUUUAUUUCCCCAAAGUUCUUGAUGGCGCAUUGGUUUUAAAACUGCCUGAACCAUCACAUCAGCAGGAAAUUGAUGGACUUGCCAUUGUGGAUUUCCAGAGUAUACACAACAGAGGAAUUUAAAUUCCUGCCCCUCUAGAAAGAAGAUAUUAGAUUUAUGAAAGGUUGAAAUAAGCCUGUUUGGUUUAGUAAUCAGAAGAAAGUUGGAGGAGGCCCCCUCAACAUCUCACUUCCCCAAAGAGCAAGGCCAUUCUUUAUGUCAUUAAACUCUAUACAGCAUUCACACUUGUAGCACAUUGUGUUUAUCAGAAGCGAUGCGUUUCCUUCUAGUUCCUUUCUCUAAACUGCAUUUAGGAAACUUCUCUAUGCGCCCAGAAUAGUCCAGGGAAACAUAUAAGCACAGAGACCACGGGAUUUCCCUGUAGGGUGCAUUUCUUUCUUACGAGUUUAGGUAGACUUCAAGUUUGUUCCCAGACUACCAAAGCUUUGAUGAUAGUUGUCAACUGAGCAUCAUUACUUACUCUCUCAUCUGGUAUUAAAUCAAAAGCACCCUUUGACAGUAUUUUUGUCUGAGCUUCAUUUUAACAUGUUGCUGAGGGCCUUCCCCGUGAAAUGUAGCAGACUGCUCCGAAAAAGUUGCAAGAACAUUGAGUUAUCAUUAAAGUAUGUGAGGGAUAAUUGUUUAAAGAAAUCCUUUUGAAAAAUGAAUAAAUAUUUAAAAUAUUACUUCAUGUAAUUGACCUCUUAAAUGAUUUCCUUUACAAGCUUGGAUUUUAGUUUAUCAAGUUGUGUGUUAGGUUAAAAUGACUGUCAAAAGGAAUUUUACAUAUAUGUGGACCAAAAACUUGGCAAGAUAUUCAUAAGAUGGGAAGUUACUUCAGAAGUGACUCUCUAGCCCUCCUUGGUGUCUUAAGGCUUGGUGAUUGGGAAAGUAAGAAUUUAUGGUUCAAAUGUAUUGUAGUUCACCGAUGGUACAUCUCUUUGUGGAUCACUUGAACCCUGUGGAAGACUUUAGACAGAUUAUAUCAUCUCUGCUACUCUGUUACUUGAAAACAAGUGUUUGGUUUGCUAAGGUCACCGCUGGAAACUUCUGGAAACCAGGUAUAAAAAAGUCUAUUUAUUUAUAUAGAUCAUUUAGAUUGGCCAAUUCUACUCCUCCUACGACAGAGGAGAAAACAGGUCCAGAGAAUUUUGAAGUGGCUUUGCAGUCAUCACAUGGACAGUGAGUGGAAACCCGGGGCUGGGUCUCCUGACCCAGCAGCAGGCCUUCUACAGCCUUCUUCAGUCACUAGAUAUGUUAAGAUCGAAAAUGGACAAGUAUCUUAUGAUUAGACUCAUCUCUUUUCAAUAGUGCUCGGUAAUCUUCUUCUAUUGCCUUUUUAUUGAAAUUGAAUUAUUGUGCUUUGUAGAAUGUGGUUAGAAGUAUCAACCAAAGAUUUUA